AUUUACAUCUCGUACUUGCAACAGUCAAAACUUCGGUUGUUAGAUAUUCUAGAGUAGAUUCUGAAGAGAGAACACUGGUAGAGAGACCACUGCGGAAAGUGUCUGCCAUGGAUGACGAAGACUCUUAUGUAUUGUAUCGUGAUCGAGAAGAAUGGAAAGACAUCGAGCCCGUUGCUCAAGAUGAUGGUCCCUUCCCGGUGGUGCAGAUUGCAUAUUCAACCGAAUUCAAGGACUGCUAUGACUAUUUCCGCGCCAUCUUGAAGAAGAGUGAGAUGAGCAAGCGUGCCUAUGCGCUGACGUCGGACGCACUGAAGUUCAACCUCGCCAACUACACUGUCUGGCAUUACCGGCGGAAAUUGAUUGAUGCACUCAGCCUGGAUCUAAAGGAGGAGCUGGAGUUUGUCAGCGAGGUCAUCUUGGAUACACCAAAGAACUACCAGGCUUGGCACCAUCGGCAGGUUAUUGUGGAGAAGUGUGGUGAGCCUGGAGAUGAGCUGAGCUUCACGAGAAAGAUUCUUGAUCUGGACGCGAAGAAUUACCAUGCAUGGCAACAUCGGCAGUGGGUCCUGCGUCAUUUCAGCCUUUGGGAGAACGAGCUGCAGUUCGUCGACACUCUCCUGCGCUACGACCUGCGCAACAACUCUGCGUGGAACGAGCGUUACUACACGGUCACGUGCACCACGGGAUUCACGGAUGAGAUCAUCGUGCGCGAGGUCAAAUAUGCAAUGCAGUUCAUUCAUCGCGCGCCGAACAAUGAGAGUGCGUGGAACUACCUUCAGGGGGUCACCACACAAAGAAACCUACGCGACUUCCCCACCCUCAAAGAGGAGUGUUUGAAGAUGCUGGAGAACAGCGUGCGCUCUCCAUACCUUCUAGCCUUUCUGGUGGACUUGCUGGAGGAUGAAGCAGAAAACGGCGAUGCUCAGAGCUUGGAAAAGGCCAAAGAGUUCUGCCGCUCUCUGGAAACCCAGGACGAUACAAUCCGAAAGAACUACUGGAGAUACCGUGCCAAUCACCUUGGCACCAUUCAAUGCGCUUCUUGAGCAUAGAAGAGCAACAGACUACCUGUUCAUUCCUACCACCCUCCACUCUGAUACUACUCUUGGCAGCCAGCGCAGUUGUGGACCAUUUGUUCCGUGUAUAUGCAACAGUACUACAGUACGUGUACGCGUGAGGGUCUGUGUGUGGAGCGGUGCGCACGGGACUACAUUGCAGUGUUACUGCACGUGCUGCUGCCGAUGGUGAUUUGUAUAAGCCCUGUCGUGCUGAACAGCUGCUACAGGUGUAGUGAUAGGAUGCGUCUCCCCGUCCGCUGCUGUGCCAUGGCUCUUCCAGGUUGAGCAAUGUCGUGCACGACCAUUUCUUGAGUUUGCCUCGGACAGCGUACUGUUUACUCACACUGACGUGGUCCUCGUAUGUGACCGUCUCCCCGAGUCUGUAUUGGGGUCGUUAGGCUAGUUUACCUCACAACGUUCAUGCUGAAUGCUGAAUUUUAUGGUUUUAAAUACAUCAUUACAUUUCUUCAAACUUCGCCAUUUAGCAGAAUAUAAUAAAUUAAUUAUUAUAUUCUGCUGAUGCUGCUUCGUUGGUAGAAAAGUGCUACCAGCACUCACUUGUACACCCUGCUGUUAGCUCAAUCAAUGCUGGUCUGCUGGUCUGCAGCCCUAUCAGCUGCGCUUUAGUUUCACAACUGCGCAGCUACUUUUAGUGCUCACUUGUG